CUGAAAAUUUUUUUAACCAAAAUAUCAAGUAAAGUUUUUGGAAUCCACGAAAUUUGGUUUUUGGUUUCUAUGAACAAAUAAGAAAAAUCUCUAAAAAUCUGGUUUUCCUAGCAUUUAGGAAAUCUACUUUGAUUAAAAUCAUGAAUGACUUACUAACUAGUUUUUGCAAAAUCAAAAACCAAAAAUUAGUUCAAAAUCUGGAGCCAUUCAUGGCCUUAAGUAAGCAAAUAGUAAGUUAGCUUAGAUCAUCAAACUAUAUGAACGUUUUAUUAUGAACCAUGAAAAUGUAUAUGAAUCAGGCUUUUGUACAGUGAACAAGUUCAUGUUUUGAACUACUAGUUCCACUUUGAGACAUUGUGUUUGCAUUUGUAUAAGCAAAUUAAUUAGACAAUGAAGUUGUAAAAUAAAUUGUGUAUCACAAAAUUAGUAAUAAGCAAAUUACUUUAUCGGUAAACUGUAAGUAAAAGAUAAAAAGAGUAAAAAAUCGUUUUUAUUAAUCUCGUUAUCCUUCGUUUCGGACUUUUCCCUUUCGAAAGUGCUCAACAAUGGCGACGGCGUCACAGCUUCUCUUUGUUCCUCAUCUCGGUCUCUUCCCUAAAGCCUCGCCCUUUCAUCCUUCCCUCUUCGCAACACUAAACCCCAGUUUCACAACGAGAGCUCUCAAAUCCUCCUCCUCCGCUUCUCGUAUUAAUCACCUCCAAGCUCUCGUCGACUCUUUCUCUGAAAUCGAAAGCAACAGUGCCACUGAAACUACUGCUUUAACUCUACGUCAAAUCUGCCAAGCUUUUGUCCCGGAGCAUAUUUUGCACAGAAUGGAGGAGAUUGGGUUUGUGUUUCCCACAGACAUACAAAGAGAAGCUCUACCUACUUUGUUUACAGGCCGUGAUUGCAUCCUCCAUGCUCAAACAGGUUCAGGCAAGACAUUGACUUACCUACUACUCAUAUUCUCUCUUAUUAACCCUCAACGAUCUUCUGUGCAAGCUGUGAUUGUUGUACCCACUCGAGAGCUCGGUAUGCAAGUUACAAAGGUUGCUCGAAUGUUGGCUGCAAAAGCGGAUAUUGAUGUGAAAGGAUGUACAGUAAUGGCUCUCUUGGAUGGAGGGACGCUAAGAAGGCACAAAAGCUGGCUAAAGGCUGAGCCACCAGCAAUUUUGGUUGCUACGGUAGCAAGUUUGUGUCACAUGCUGGAAAAACACAUCUUUAGACUUGACUCUGUGAGAGUUCUUGUUCUAGAUGAGGUUGAUUUCUUAUUCUACUCCUCAAAACAAGUUGGUUCUGUGCGGAAGCUUUUGACAUCAUUUUCUUCAUGCGAUAAACGUCAGACAGUUUUUGCCAGUGCUUCCAUUCCCCAGCAUAAACAUUUUGUGCAUGAUUGUAUACAGCAAAAGUGGACAAAGAGGGAUGUUGUUCAUGUUCAUGUUAGUGCAAUCAGGCCCAUGCCUUUGUGCCUUCUUCACAGAUUUGUUACGUGUGAGAAGACAAACAAACAUCAAGUACUGCUUGCCUUGUUAGAGUCUGAUGCACCUGAAUCAGCUAUUAUUUUUGUCGGGGAGCAGUCUGAGAAGUCAAAAAAGGCUGGAAAUGAUCCAUCGACAACUCUACUAAUGGAAUUCCUUAAAACUUCAUACAAUGGUCCUCUGGAGAUCCUCCUCCUAGAGGGGGACAUGAAUUUCCAUUCACGAGCAGCUUCACUAACAGAAAUCAGGCAAGGAGGAGGGUUUCUUCUUGUUUCUACUGAUAUUGCAGCAAGAGGGAUUGAUCUACCAGAAACAACUCAUAUCUUCAACUUUGAUAUCCCACAAACGGCUACAGAUUAUCUGCACAGAGCUGGAAGAGCUGGUCGAAUACCCUUUUCUGACAAGAAGUGCAUUGUUGCCAAUCUGAUCAUGUCGGAGGAAAGAUUUGUCUUGCAAAGAUACGAAAACGAACUUAUGUUCAGCUGCGAGGAACUCAUGUUGUAGGUACAAAAUUAAUUAUCCCAGUACAGAAAAUUUGUCAUAUUUUCGUUUGUUUUCAUUUUUUUGUAACCACAAAUACAAUUGAGUGCAGAUACCAUCAGUCUAAUGUAACUAAUUACAGUAGUUAGAUUGGAAGAGUAUAUGAGAAGUAUCAUCAUUAUCAAAGAAA